GGUUGGACAGCAACUUUGUACCUAUUACUGAAUACCUAUUUGAACAAGGACACACCCCGCGUUUUUGUCUUUAAACAAUGUGCAUUAUAUUCUUUCUAUGCUGCUUCUGUUCAGACAACGUUCAUUUUAUCCGCUAGCUCUAUGUAUAAAAAGUUCAUACUUUGCUACCUCCCCUACACCGCUCAGUUGUUUUGCCACUCCCAACUGUUAUGCUCACCAUACAGAACCUCCCUGUCGAGCUGCUGACAAAAAUUUUUCGCUCUAGUUGGCUGGAAUCAGACUUCUCUGUGACUCUCAACAGUGUCAGAGGAUUAGUUACUCAGACCAAAGAGAUAUCUGGUACAUGCUCGACAUGGCGCGCAAUCGUAUGCUCUGAUCCGGUCUUUUGGUCUUCAUUCGACUUGGACCUCUCAUGUAUGACAAGUGUUGAGCAGGCCAUUCUUCUCAAUUUGUUCCUUUCCCGCUCCGGUACCGCGGCAGGAUUACGCCUGAAUAUUAUCUAUGCGUCUCCUAAAUACCCCAACUCAAGUGAACUAGAGGGCGCACAACUCGCAGUGCUCGAUCUCCUACUCGACCAGUCCAGUAGAUGGCGAGAUGUUCGUCUCGACAUUGCACCCGAGGUGUUUGCUCAUGUGGUCUCCCGACUGACUUUGCGUCCAAAACCUACUUAUGGUUACUUUCCGAACCUUGAAUUUCUGGAUACCCAAGACCAAGAGAGCACUGCUGACGAUUACGAAGAACCGGGCUCCAACGACAGCCUGUUCCACAUCUUUCAUCGCUGUCCUGCGUUGAAGCGCUUGUGUGCUCACGAUGCAUGGGCGGGAGAUCCAAUUGACUAUUCCCACUUGACGAGCUUGGAUCUUAUCAGUUAUCGGGGAAAGUCUCUUUCGUCACUUCUCUCGCGGUGCCCACACCUCCGACAAUUUUCGAUUGCAUACUGUAUCAUACCGGAUAUAGGACAUGAAGAGAUUGGUCCAUGGUCGGAGAUCAACCCGUUUUAUCACCUGAAUCUCGUUUCGUUAUCUCUUCCAAUAUAUCACCAGUUCGGAUGUGAGAUAUGGGAAGACGUGCGGUUCCCGUCUUUGCACACACUCAAGAUCGACCAAGUUGAGCGGUCAGGGAACGAAAUUCCAGAGCUUCUUGCGAUGCUGAGAAAGUCAGGAUGCUCCUUGCGGACGUUGGAACUGGGGGACAUAUCCUCGAAUGUCUUUGAGAAACUCCUCUCAAAUGCGCCCCACCUCCAAUCUUUAACCUUGAUGCCCCAUUAUACUACCUCCAACUUGCAUAUUCAUCCGAUGAAGUUUAAACCUUUGUUCGGAAAAGAUUUUCGAGUUCCAGCCCCCAUGCUUUCGUCCCUAACGCUGCAAUUCAGGAAUGCCAGUUUUACCACCAUCGUUAAAAUGGCUAUGCAUGUUCGUGAUCUAGUAAUCUCUCGACGUAAAAAUCCGGAGACAACCUAUGUCAUUAUCAAGGUCGAACUCAUAAAUAGAGGUCAAACUGAAAUAAUUGCAACGGUGGCUUCCUUUUAUAAAGUCAUUGUGUCUGUUUCAAUUGUCUCUUCCUGGGAUUGCUUUACUCUUGAACUAGACUUAGGAAAGGAAGACAAGAGAAGAGAUACAAUUAGAGACUGAUUGGAGAAAGUGAUAACUUGUUUUAACAUUGUAUUUGUGGUA